CGAUGUCCUUCCUCUCCAUUGGUGGAUCAUUUUACAAAAAUCACCGUGCGAUUCUCUGUUACACUCUCAUCACUCUCUUUUGGGGAAACUCCUCCAGAUUUUUUGGACGAGAAGGCCAUGUCAACUGGAAGAAACACCCAUUGGUGUUAUAGAUGCAGGCGUCCAGUCCUCCUUCAAGGGCGUGAUGCAGUUUGCUGCUACUGUGGUGGGGGAUUUGUUCAAGAAUUAGACGAUAUGAUGCAUAUAGGUCCUAUGGGUUUUUUCGGCGAAGAAGAUCGGGACCAGAGAUUUGGUCUCCUGGAUGUUUUUUCGGUCUUCAUGAGGCAGCAAUUGGCCGACAGAAAUUUUAACCAUAACGUCAGGGGAAGAGCAGCUUCAGUUCCUGAGCAUGAUGCAGCACUUGGUCCUUUGUUGAUUUUUGGUGGUCAAAUCCCUUUUAGAUUGUCUGGGGCUGGUGGGAUUGAAGCUCUUUUCAACGGGGCUCCUGGAAUUGGUUUUAGACAAGGAAAUGCUGGAAAUCAUUUUAUAGGCCCUGGAUUAGAAGAACUGUUUGAACGGCUCUCGGCUAAUGGUCGGAGGGGGCCUCCCCCGGCAUCCCAGUCUUUGAUUGACGCAAUGCCCACUGUUAAGAUAACUCGGAGGCAUCUUCACUCCGAUUUGCAGUGUCCUGUUUGCAAAGAAAAAUUCGAGCUGGGGUCUGAAGCAAGACAAAUGGCAUGCAAUCAUAUGUAUCAUUCAGAUUGCAUCAUCCCAUGGCUGGAGCAGCACAACUCUUGUCCUGUUUGUCGACAAGAAUUGCAACCGCAAGGACCGGGCAGCAGCCGUUCAAAUGGUCAAAGUGGAACUACCUCCAGUGGAAGGGAGAGCAGACGGAAUCCAUGGUCUUCCAUAUGGCCGUUCCGUUCCUCGAAUUCUAGCUCAAGCUCUAACCAUAGCCGUAGCCAUAAUGAAGGUGCUGGAAGCAGCCCUUCUGGUGUGCACGAGAACAAUCAUUAUCAUUCGAUGGGCUAUAGUGGAUGGCCGUUUGACUGAGUUGUGUGCAUCAAGUAGGUUGUUUUUCUUUGUGUUGUAUUGUGUAAAAGUGAUCUGAGCUCAAUUUCGUCAUCGAACAAAAUGUUAACUAGAUAAAUCUUGCAACGUGGCAGGGUACUAUCUCGUAUGUUCAAACUAAUCUCUGGUCUUUCAUAUUUGAAUAAAGUAUGUAUUUGUG